GUUGCAACGUCAGUACAAUCGCUAUCUCCGUUUAGUUUACACGCGCUUAUCGGAAUAUCGGAUCAUAUUAUAUUGUUAUUUUAUUAAUAAAACAAUAGUUUUUUUUUUAAAGAAUUAUAUGGCAAAAGUGUAAGGUGAGUUUCAAUGAAAAGGAAUUUAGACAGUUUUUGUUACGAUAAAAUAUCUAGUGUCCUCGUAUCGUGUAUCUAAUAAUGGAUUGUGACUGUGAUUAUAUUCUACCGACUAUGGAUGGUUGGGAGCAGCAUUACCAAAAUUGCUCAACUGUUUGGUUUAAAGAUUACGGAACUGAACCACCCAAGAAUACAGACGGGUCCAUUCGUUUGAGAAACAAACACCUUUCCAGGCUACAUCACGAUGUUUUGUAUCAUUUGGGCCUCGAUACUGAAAAUUACGACUUGCCAGCUAUGUUUGGGGAUGUCAAGUUCGUCUGCAUGGGUGGAACGAAAUACAGGAUGAAAGAAUUUGCUAAAUACAUUGCAAAAGUGUUAAAUAUACCGGACGAGGGCUUAGUGAAUUUGACUAAACAUUCUCACAGAUAUGCCAUGUACAAAAUUGGGCCUGUACUUUCUGUUAACCAUGGUAUAGGAAUCCCGUCAAUGACAAUACUGCUACAGGAGGUCAUCAAGCUGCUGAGUUACGCCAAAGCAAAGGACCCACUAAUUUUUCGUAUUGGCACGAGCGGGGGGCUAAAUAUACCCCCGGGUUCCGUUGUCGUAUCCUCAUGGGGUCUUAAUGGGACUUUGAAGAAAUCUUACGAUAUUCCAGUCAUGGGUAAAAUUAUGGAAAUUCCGUCGAUAUUUGAUAAAAGAUUAAAUCAGGAACUGCUGUACCUCGCGUCGAAGGAGGGAAAGUUUUCCACGUUUGCCGGGGGCACUAUGGCUGCGGACGACUUUUAUCAAGGCCAGGCUCGUUUAGACGGUCCAUUCUGCGACUACACAGAAUCAGAUAAGCUGUCCUUUCUCAACACUUUGGUGCAGAUGGGGGUAAAGAACAUUGAGAUGGAGGCAACUGCCUUCGCGGCAUUCACGAGGGAGGCUGGAGUGAGGGCCGCUGACGUCUGUGUGACUCUGGUGAACCGAUUAGAACAAGACCAGGUAACGCCCAGUAAAUCUGUAUUAUUGGAAUGGCAAGAGAGACCUAUGGUGAUAAUCGGGAAAUAUAUUUCCAAGUAUUGUGAAAAAAUAUCAAGUGUGAAGUGAUAAAAAUAUACAUAUAACAAACAACAAAUAAAUGAAAAGUAUUGGAA